AUGGAUUGUGAGAUGAAAAAUAAACUACAGCUACUAUCUCUUUAUCUUCAAAACCUCCCCAAAACAAUUUCUCUCGCAGACCCUUCAAGCCCACAGUAUGGCUUUGACUUCUUUAUCUUGGAUGAUGAGAACAUUAAGGAUUAUGGUCCUAUUAGCGCACUAAAUCAGAAACUCAAACUGCGCAUGGAUCAGCAUGACAAAGGUUCCAUUUCUUUCAAGGAGUGUGGACCUAGCCUAAAUACUGUGAUUGAUGUGCUCGGUGGCUACCUAGAUCAAUAUCAUGAGUCUCCAAAGACAGCACUUCUCAUCAAAUGGGUGGAUGACCUCACGAUAGCGGCAGUAGCUGCAUACAAAUCUGCUGGCAUUGAAUUACCUUCUCACAUGACGGCAGCAAAGCCUGCUGUAACCACUGCCAAAAAGUGCCAAAAGCAGCCAGCAGUGCAUCAGCCCCUCUCAAACUCCAUUGACCUAUGGUAUAUUGACUUACCUGAGGUUGCUGAUCUUCACACCAGUGGUGCAAGGAUACAUCUGCUCCUUCUUGAGGCAACAAGGUAUUGUUAUAAGGUCCGAGAUGGUGAGGUUUGGAAGGGUGGUGUCUUGACUGCUUCUGAAAAAGUGGAAGUUUAA